AUGAUCUACUAUAGCUUUUAUGUUUUGAUAUGUGAGCUAAAAGACACGCUAACUAGAAUAUUGGAUAACUUGAGUGGUAGUAUUGAUGAACCUUUGGAGGAUGGGGAUAGCGCUCUUCAUUUGACCUGUUUGUACGGCCAUUUUGGAUGCGCACAGCUUCUACUAGAAAGAGGAGCUGAUUUGGAGGCUAAAGAUGAGGAUGGAGCAAUUCCUUUACACGAUGCGUGUGCAGGAGGGUUUUUGGAGAUAGUCCAACUUCUACUUAACAGAGCUAAUGACGCCGAGCAUAUAAAAAGGAUGUUAGAAUCAGUCGAUUCUGAGGGUGAUACUCCUCUUCAUCAUGCUGCAAGAGGUGAGCAUGCUGAUGUAAUUAGGUUAUUGCUUUCUAAUGGUGCAUCAGCCACAAAGGAAAACUUAUAUGGAAAGACCCCUGCAGAGUUACCUGAACACGGCACAGAUGCUAGGAGGCUGCUUGAAGCUGCUACUACUGCCAUGGCAACCUAAUAAUAGGCAUUAACAUGGUGAUUAGUACAAAUAUUUAGUUUAAUUUUGAUAAAGCUCAAUGUUUGUUCAUAAAUUUGUGUAAUUAAUGUGUACAUUUGUAGUAUAUGUUAUGACUUGUAAAUGUGUACAUAAAUU